AUGUCACCGAAUCGAAUGGCACCAGCUCCAUCGUACAAUGCCAGUGCACCACCUGCAGCAUACUUCACCACACAAUGUGACGACGAGCUCCCACCAUACCACGAAGCAACCUGUGACUCAUCCACAGACUAUCUCCCCCACUGCCCAUCCACACUCUCCUACACUGACGAAAAACAUGAACGAACAGAAACAGUCUCAUCUGGCGUCCGAUCUCGCCAACUGAGCACCGUACCCAGCGUCCCACAACCCUUCUCACGAUCAAGGACUUCGUCAGCUGCUACAUCCACAGCGUCGCAACAAACAUUGCCUGGUAGUCGCUUAUAUCCAUCUGUAGCACUCACACCUGAACUAUCGCCCAUAACCGCAUUCAUAAAGGAAGAGUGGGAACCAGCGCUGGAUUUGACGAGGAAGGGUGGAUUGUCGGGGCUUAUGAAUCGGGCGAGGAGUGUUAGUGUGGAAAAGAAUUGGAGGUUUGCGAGGAUUGAGGUUGUGAAUGGGACUAUCUCGUGCAGUGAGAGUAAACAGACGGCGGCGAGUAUCUGGGGUGGGAUGGAACAAGAGGCAAAACCAGAAGCACUCAUGGCCAGCUUCCGCCUACGACACGCCACCAUCGAACCACCACGACACGUACAUGGUCGCGACCACUGUCUACAAAUCCACCUCAUGAAUGGACGCACGGCAAUCAUAUCAUUCACCGAUGCCGAAUCAGCCAGGAUAUGGAAGGACGGUUUGUCUGUAGAGAUCAGUUAUGCAUCUACCAAUGCAAGCUCGAAAGCAAGUCGAGACAGAUCACUAGCUGCCAAAGCACCACAUUCACGAUGCACGUCGAUAAAAUCUGCACUGCAGUAA